AUGACGAAGAAGACACAGUUCUGGUCCAGGAAACCUGGCUGGCAGGUGGAAGGAUCUGCGGACUCAGGACGGCGAACUAUAAGCUGUUUUAUAGCAACAGCGACGGAAAGGAAGCGCAGGCUGACUGAUGUGCCAAGGUUGCGAGACUCGCUAAGCGAUCUCCUUGGACCCGGGGACCCUUCACGUCCUGAGACGCCUGCGGACCUCGACAGUAUGGUUUCUACGCUCACUGGAGCCAUAAAUGGCGCCUCUAGGAAGGCGUGGCCGUUGACUCGGAUAAGAGGCAACAAGAAACCACAAUGGUGGUCCGAUGUGUUAAACGCCAUUCGUAAAAAAUGUAGAACUCAGUUUAAUAAGGCGAAGCUCACCGGGACACCAUCUGAUUGGUGCGCUUAUAAAUAUGACCUAAGGAAGUAUAAGAAGGAGUUAAGGAGAACUCAGAGGUUGUCCUGGAGGGAGUUUUGCGGCAGGAUUGGAGAGAUUACGGAGGUCUCCAGACUUCGGCGGGUCUUGGCAAGUGACCCAGCCGUGCCGAGCUACUUGAUGGCUGCUGGCGGCUCCUGGACCAAUUCCGCUUUGGAGUCUCCGGGGCUGCUCUUGGAUACGCACUUUCCUGAAGGUCACGAAGAGCAUGCUCCUAAUGGUUAUUUUGGCGAGUCCUGCGCGGGAGCAGUGAUCACUGAAGGGAGAAUACUCUGGGCCAUUCGCGGCUUUGAUCCAUUUAAGUCGGGUGGCCCUGACGGCAUAGUGCCAGCAGAACUACAAUGCGCUGCGGAGGUCAUUCUUCCUUGGCUUAAGAUCAUCUAUGAGUGCUGUAUAGACUUAACCUACAUUCCAAAAACGUUGAAUGUUGCUAAGCUGGUCUUCAUCCCUAAGGCUGGGAGAAGUUCUCACAGCUGCCCAAUGGAUCUCAAACCUAUCAGUUUAACGUCUAUUAAAGAUAUUUAG